AUGGCAUAUUUAUCGAUUAGAAAAGAAAAGUUCACAUAUUUAAAAUUAACUAAUGCAGAACAAAGAAAUGAAGGAAUGAAAACAUUAAUUAAUGCAGCCUUUUAUGUGGGCAUAUUGCAAUGCACCGUGAAGAAACCAGAUAAAGAUUACAACUUGAUUUUUCAUCUCAGAUUGAGAUUAUUAAGAAAUAUUAACAAUCAACAAAUGUAA